AUGAUCAGGUCUGACGACCCAGAAAAGGAGUUCGCGGAAAACGCGUGGCCGAAUGAGCUUUGGGCAUCGUUCCCGAUCGCCUGCACUCGAUGCAGGUUGGGUGACGAAACCACACGAACCCUUGUACGACCCCCGCUACAUAGCAUCAACAUGUCGUACGCCGCUGUAGCAGCAUCCGGUCCCAAGCAGACUCCUGAGGAGGCUGCCGCUCCUCCCCCUGUGGAGAUUGAGCAUUCCGAGUCCGCCAGCACCGCAUCCCUGAUCGACGUUGACACUCCUUCUGUGCAUACUGUGCCCUCCGACUUCUCUGAGCAGGAGGUUCAGACUUCCACGCAACAAUCGCGAAUCGAGCACGAGCACGAAGAGGAGUCGGCACGCGCUGAGGCCGACCUGGCUAAGAAAAAGGCCGCCGCCAAGGUCAAGAAGGCCGACAACGUUCUGACCAAGUGGUUCGGUAGCCUCAGCGACGGCGAGAGCUCGGCUCUCGUCAUCAGCAACCUGGUCGGGGUCAUUGGUCUGUCCGGAUUCUUGGGCUACAAGGCCUGGGAUCUGCACGAGCGGGGACGUUUGGGCUGGAAGAACAUUGGUCUCGGCGUCGGUGUUCUGGCGGCUGUCGGUGCCAUUCAAGGUGUCUUUGGAGGAUACUUCUACAAAGGCAAGAAGAAGCAGUCAUAG